CUCUGGAUCAAACCACUUAAAAAAAAAAAAAUCGCCAUGGCGACGCCUGCUACGCCGGUCACCCAGAACGGACGAUCUUCCCGUCUUUUCACCGAAGCCGAUGAGACUCGCCUGCUCAAGUCUCUCGCCAAGAUCACCAAAUCCUCUCCUCUGCCAACGCCGUCGUCCACCGUCGAUUCCCAUACGCUUGACCGCAUCGCCAAGCAGCUCGGCACCAAGUUCACCCCUUCCCAGAUCAACGACAAGCUUCGGAGACUGAGACUCAAGUACCACAAACAUGCGAGAUCCAGAUCUCUCAUAAAAACCCCUCAUGACCAGAGAAUUUUCAAGAUUGCGCAGAGAAUAUGGGGGAAGAAGAAAAAUUCAGAAGCAGUUGCUAACAAUGAAGAGGAACCAGGGAAUGAAGAAAGGGGUGAUGGGGAACCGGAUUUGGAGCAGUUCCCGUAUCUGGUGGCUGAGUUUUCGAGGAUUUUACCAGAGAAUGAGGUGUGGAAAGAGGGUUUGAGGCGUUUGGAGGAGGAGAAGCUGAGGGAAAUGAAUCAGAAGUGGAAGUUGUUGAAGGUUGAGGAGGCAAAGGUGGUGGCUAAGAAAGCAGAGCUGGUGCAGGAGCAGGUCAAGUUGGUAAUGGAGAAAGUUCAGACUCCAGAGGAACUAGAGAAUUGAGUUCUGAUUAUGGUACUAGCAUUUGAAGUUGUGUUCUCUUCAUCUUCAGAAUCUGCUUUAGAUCCUGAUUGUGUUGUGUUGUAAUUUUGUAGAUUCAGUUCAACUAAUAGGAAUAACUGUAGUAGGGUUUCUGAACUCUCAAGUAGGUAAUGCAGCCCCCCUAACUAAUGCUAAUGUUCUUUCCAAUCUCCUCCUUUCUUUUAAUCCAUGAAAUCAAAACCUUGGGUUGAC